AUGCAUUACUAUCGAAUUGCAACGCGUCUCUUCUCAAGUCAACGGGCCCUGGAUGCUGGCCGCGUCGAAUUCGUACAGGCCACCCCUGCAGACCUUCCCCAAAUUGUGGAUAUGUGUUUGGAGGGGUUCUCGGCCAUCGAGCCGCAUCUCAAGGCAUGGAAAAUCGGAAAAGAGGCUCGGCCCCUUUUUGAACUGAUUGGAGCGAAUGCCUUGAAGCAUCGCUUCUCGUACAAAUUGAUCGAGCAGGAUAGCCAAGAACUAGUUGGAUUUCGACUGUUCUCCCUUGGCCGGCGUGAUGAUCCGGAGCUGCAGCUCGACGGGAUGAAACUGCACCCAGGAGUCCUGGGCCUCGCCGGAAUGCUCGACUAUUUAAAGAAAGAAUCCUUUGCACAGCUGCCGCACAUCAACAAAUUGAUACGGCGUGAAAUUACAUUCGUCGUGCCGGAACUCCAGCGAAAGGGAAUAGCCAAUCGGCUGGCGCACCAUGGGCUCGAUUUUCCAAGUUUGAAGGCGGACGGAGUUCAAGGACUCAUUUCCGAGGCCUCAUCGCUGGCGAACCAAGAAUUAUUGAGAAAGAAGGGGUAUCGUUUGAUUGCGCAAGUGCCCCAAAGCUACUACGACCGGCACGGUAUCAAACUGCACGAUGGUACCACGACAAUCAAGGCUUAUUUUAAGGAUAUUGAAGACGUAAUUGCAGAUCUGGCGAAGAGUCAA